CAUUCCAUAAAUCUUCAGCUCUGUCUGUAAGCCUCAAUUAUCUCAGUUCCGGAAGGGGAAAUAAAUUUCAGACUUAAAAACAUCCCUUUCUCUAUCUGCAAGCUUAAGGAUUGUUGGAACAAUUGUGUGUUUCCUUUGAUUGAGAUUUUUGAGUGUCCUAUCCUUUCUUCUUUUCGGGUUCUGGGGUUUUUUUUUUUUGGGGGGAGCGUUGCGAAGAGAAGUAAACACUGGCUAUUUGCAGUGAAGAAGUAACACCAUGCGUUGGUGGUUGAGUCUUUCAGUUGACGCGUUUCUAAAAGUCAUCUCCUUGAACUUGUAGGGUGAUUCUGUAAUUCCAUAAUCCAGCUUCUUCAAGAUUCACCUUUUUUUGUUAUUGUUUUAUUUAGUAUUUGUGUUCUGUCCUCCAUCAUGGGAUCCACUCUUUUCAUCGUCGUUCCAUGUUAUGUCCGCCAGAUUAGCUGACAAUCUUCAAACACAUCGCUCAGAUUUCUAACCCAACAAUUAUAAUUCCAUAGUAGUAGUUGUUGUUCGGUUUCUUUGAUCUAGAAUACGGAUCCUGGGGUUUUGAAUACGUUUUCGUACGUGGAAGACCCUCUCUUUUGGUGCAAUAUUGAAGGGUUAGGACGUAGUUAUGGUGUGCCAAGCAGCGAGCCAAACAAGAUUCCGGGCAUUGAAGUAUGAGAAUGGUAUUGCUGGGAGUGCCACCAUUGUAGUUAGAGUCAUAGCAUGCUUUCAACCCCUUCAGGAUUGCCAGGCUGAAUAUUUCCGUCAUUUGCUUAAGCCAGUUACGUAGGUUGCUUUUUACAUUUUCGCGUUCAAGUUAAGAUGAAGUUUUUAGUUUUCUUUCCGCCCUUUGUUUUUGAGAGAAACUGCAAGUGAACUGCCAUUUCCACUGCUACAAUAUUCGAUUUCUGGUGAUUGAUCUUGUUGAAUUUGAUCGGCAAUCACCCAACUUGAACUCUUUGUCCUCUCCACCUUCUUUUGGGAUGCAAAGUAGUAAUCCUCCAUUCAUGAACUUUGGCACUAAUAUGGUGUCCACGGCCCGGACUUAUCCGGUUCAUGCGGAUCCAGAAUUACCUUGCUUACGGGUUAGCCAAGGUACUGAACCUCGUGGCUGGUUUUACUGUUUACCCCGCUUUCGACAGGCCUUUGCACCUGCUUCAAACUCUUUCUUGAAAGAGCAACCAGCCCCGGCUAACCCAUGUAACAAUUGUAAAGGAAGUGGUAUCCCCAAGGCAGGAUCUGCGGUUGCUGAAAAGAGAUUCCUUGUUUUCGAUCUGACUGGUGAUCAAACUACCCUGAUUUUUAGUUCUGCUUUUGGGAUUCCAACCAAGGGCUUGACUUGUUGUGGUCCAAAAUCUCCUGUUGCUGGUAACAUUAACGGGGAAGAUCCCAUAGCUAAAGUAAACGGGAAUAUUCACUCUGGACCAAUAUCUAAAGAUAUUUUUGACGAGGACGGGACUGAUAUGCGAAGUGAAAUGCACGAGGAUACUGAAGAACUCAAUGCAUUGCUUUACUCGGAUGAUGAUAGUGAGUAUACCGAGGAUGAAGAAGUUAUGAGCACUGGUCAUUCUCCAAGUUCAAUGACUGCACAGGAUGAGAAAUUUGAGGGAAGCUGUGAAGAGGUUGCUAGCUCCACGAGGCUAACUAAGAAGCGAAAGCUACUUGAUGGCAGUAACGAUCAUUCGCUGUUGCCUAUGGAUACUGCUAAUUCAGGAAAUCCUAACCGAUAUUCAGAAUAUGCUGAUGAUGCAGAUUCCAGCUGUGCCAGUGGACAAAAUCGUGGAUCAGGUAACAUGGAUUAUUUUUCAGGCAACAAGAGGAUGAGAAAAGAUAAAAUCCGUGAGACAGUAAGUGUUUUGCGAAGCAUAAUUCCAGGUGGAGAGGGAAAAGAUGCAGUUGUGGUUCUUGAUGAAGCUAUUGACCAUUUGAAAUCCCUGAAAUACAAAGCCAAAACCUUGGGACUUGGUACUCUGUGAACUGCAACUGUUCUUACAAGUAGUAUCAGUGGUAGCUUAUGCCAUUGUUAAUGGAGCCGUGUUAAAUAAUUACAAUGAGUCGCAUAUAUAAUUCGUAGUCUUCUAAAAUUGAAGGUGUUGAUUCUCUUCCCUUCAUAAAGUCUUUCUUGUGUCAGUUAAGUUGGAAACCAGUAGAAUUGGCUUAGAGAAAUGAAGGAUGCAG